AACAAAAGUUAUCACAUAAACCUGUCACACAAAUACAUUUCUCAUAUUUUCAUUAUUUUACACGUAUAUAAACAUUCAUAAAAUGGCAUCUAAACUGACCCACCCAAGCACACUAGCAUCUGAGUCGCCAAAUCCCGAUUCCGAAGGAGAUAACGCCAGUACAAAAAAAUACAAAGUUCCCCAAACAAGCAAACGUCCACCUUCGCGAUUAUCACUACUUGCUCAAAGCAAAUGGGCGAAACGUGUCCUCGCCCCAUACGUGCCAGUAUCAGUCAAGACCAAAAAAGCCUCACUUCGUCGUGAUGUCAACUAUUACAACUUCUUCCACAAAAAGUCAAGUCUCCUCAUGCGCAGCAUGCGUAAUUACCUCGCCAAUAAAAAGGAUCUCCCCGCAUUAUUAUAUGAAACUGCGGAUGUACUCAAAGUACUCACUGAUUCCCUUGGCGUGCGGUUAUAUUUUGUUGAUAAUAACAAAGAUCAACUAUAUCAAUAUCAAAAGAAUGUGAUUUAUCCAAGAUGCAGAGUGAAUUACGACCUCAACUCGUGCAGAUCUGUUGCUUGCUACGUGGCUAAAACAAAAGAAUUUGUAAUGGUGGACGAUGUUAACAAAGAUGCAAGGUUCCCAGAUGGCGUUAGUUACAAAGACAAUGUAAAAGCAGUUCUUUGCUUACCAAUCGUCACUCAAUUUUCUACAUUCGCUGUUAUUGAGUUAUACAGAGACGUAUCAGACGUGCCAUAUAAAAAGAACGACUUAAAACUAGCUGUGGUUAUGUGUGGUUGGAUCGGGUUGACUAUUCAAGAAAAUCAUGAAGGAUUCAUGCUGCAUCAGAAACAAGAAGUUAACAAUACUCUCCUACAAAUGGUUUUGACGUACUACAGUCAACCAGAUACUUUAGAAGCACUACUCUCUGAAAUCUUAAAUUACGCUAAAAAAGAAAUUGGCGCUGAACAAGGCACAUUUUACGUCAUCACAAAUGAACAGCACAUGAUUGCAGAUGUCUACGAAGAAGGCAUCUCGGAUUUCAACAAGUGUUUAGAGAAAAAACAAUCCGUGCGUUUUGGGCAUGAAAGCACUGUGGCUUGUUUAGUUGCCAGGGAAAGACAACGUAUUAACGUCAAAGAUAUGUAUGCAGAUCCAAGAUUUAAACCACAAGUGCAAAUUGAUGAAGAACUAGUGAUCAUUGAACGCACUGAACUUUGUAUUCCCAUUAUUACCAACAGUGAACUUCUUGGCAUUAUUUCCAUGGUAAACAAAGCAAACGAAUCGUUUUUCACGGUUGAAGAUGAACAAAUGAUGGAUAUUAUUAGUACCUAUGCAGGUUUAGCGUUGUUUUUUGCGAAGAACUUACGUCAAAUUAAAAAAGUUGAGAACCAUCUUGAAUGUGCAUAUGAUUUACUGCAAUAUCAUUUAAAACCUUGUGCUAUGGAGUUGAAUCAGUUGAGAAACGAUCUGAAUUAUCCAGUUCCUAAGAAUAUACUUGAUUUUACUUACUAUAUUCUCCCGGAAGAUUUACAUGCUAUGCCACAACUUUAUAUAAAAAUGCUGCGUGACAUUGUCCCCGACUGCGAAAUCAAUUUCGAAGAUUUAUACGCGUUUAUCUUGACGACACAAAGAUGUUACCGAUCAAAUCCCUAUCAUAACUUUGAGCAUGCUUUCAGUGUCUCUCAUUGCAUGUACACUAUAUUGAUUAGGAACAUCAACAAGUUUAGUUUACUAGAACGUGAAGCAUUGAUGAUUGCUGCGUUGACGCAUGAUAUUGAUCAUGGUGGAGUGACAAAUAAUUUCUUAUUGAUCACGAAUCAUCGUUUAUCGUUGAUUUAUGAAGAAUCCAUUUGGGAGAAUCAUCAUUGUUUUGUAACAGAACAACUUUUAAGAAAGUAUAACAUCUUUAAAAAUAUUACAGAAGAGGAAACAUCUGAAAUAUUUAUGACACAAGUGCAUGAAAACAUAAUCUUCACCGAUUUGGUUUAUUAUUUCAAUCGUAGCAAAUUAAUUGCGAUUUUAAACACUGGAGAGUUUAAUUGUCAAAUUCCUUUUCAUAAAUAUUUACUGAGGAAUGUUUGUAUGACAAUGGCGGAUCUUGCUGGACAAGGAAAACCGUUUAGUAUUACGAAAAGAUUGACUGAUGCUUUAUAUCGUGAAUUUUUUGCACAAGGCGAUAGAGAGAAAGCCAUGGGAUUCACACCGUUGGCAAUGAUGAAUCGUGAUAAUGAAAGUCACAUACCUGAUGACCAAUCACAGUUUUUAAGCAUUGUGGUUAUGUCAGCUGCUGAUUUAAUUAAAUCCUUACUACCUAACACUGAAGAAAUUUAUCUGAACGCCGAAAUGUUGAGAGACACCUGGCGUCGAAUUUUGGAAUCACGCGGGGAUAAACUAUGGCGUCAAUGCGAUUCAUUAGUUUCUUGAUCAAUAUACAAUGAUAUAUUUUUUAAAUGUA